AUGCCUCACAACGGAGACAGCCCCCGGACUGAAAGAACCGUUGAUUCAACGGUCCUGCUCGAUUUGGACCUCUUCAGGGUCUCAGCAGAUAAUGCAACCCGCGACGAGAAGAUCGCCUUGGCAUACCAUCGAGCCCGCGCGAUAGCAAAGCUAUAUGACUUUACAACGGGAGAUAUACAGUGCCUGACCGAGAAGUUCUGGCACUUCCAUCAGGACAUGAUCCAUACAUUAGACUCGGCCGCGUUCAGUCUGUUGGCGAUACAGUACAAUCUCUGUGUGGGGACCCUGGCUCCCUUCCUCGAACAUCGACCGGACCUUAAGGCUAUUGUUGAGCCAUUACUCUCCUUCGACAUUUCAGGACAGUUCCUUCUUGCAGAGGUCGGACAUGGUCUGGAUGCACAUGCUAUUGAGACGGUGGCUACCUUGCUUCCAGGUGGCACCUUCGACCUUCAUACUCCGAAUCCGGACGCAGCCAAAUUUAUGCCCGCAACAACCCCUAUAGAAGGCUUUCCCCGAAUCGGAAUUGUCAUCGCCAGAGUAUCGGUCGCGGAUGAAGAUCGUGGUGUUAAACCAUUUCUAGUCUGGCUCAACGAUGGCCAUGAAAUGUCUACAGGCAUAUACGCGAAAGUCCUCCCAGGACGAGCAGGAUCCAAAACCCUCGACCAUUGUAUCACAUCCUUCGAACACGUCCGGCUCCCGCACACAGCUCUUCUCGGAACUCUCGAUGCACCCGCAGACCGACGAAAGAGCUUCCAAUCCACUAUCCACCGCGUGUACAUCGGCACAUUGGCUCUAUCCACGGUUCUCAUAUCGGCGUUGAAAAGCUCCGUUUUCGUAGCAGGAAAAUACAGCUUCCGUCGACAUAUCUGGGGGCCUACUAAUGAGCCCCGACCGAUUGUAUUCUUCCGGCCACAACAUCGUCCGAUUCUUCAUACUUUAGCUCAGAUCGCUGUCUACGAUCCCUACGCAGCGGAAAGUAUCCAGAAUUACAUGGACACGAAAAUCCCAUACGUCGUCCGGCAAGGUAUUGCAACCGCUUUCAAAGCCGUCCUCCAUCGCGCGACACAGGAGAGCCUAUGCUAUCUCGGCGAGCGCUGCGGUGCGCACGGUCUGUUCGCGUAUAACAACAUCAUCGAUAACCAGAUUGAAGCUCAUGGGAACUCGAUCGCCGAGGGAGAUACCCUGGCUCUUUGCAUAAGGCUGGCCUCCGAGUUAAUCCUAGGACGAUACCGCAUGCCCCCACCCCGUUAUCCAUCCUGCCUUCUGGCCAUAUUCGAGACCGGUCUAUUCCGACAUGCUCGGGAUAUCAUAGACUCGCUCGAGGAGGUCCAGAGAACGGGGGAAUUCAAUAGACGUAUACUCCCCCGAUGCCAGACACUGGUGGAGGCUGUUGGUCACCGGAUGGCAUACGAGGCGGGCUUGGAUUCCGGUGUGGUGCCGGAAUUACUUGACCUCUAUGAGGCUGGGGUCAUGCUGCAGCAUUCUGGGUGGUUUGUGGAGAACCUGGGAUUAGAUAUGGAGACGCAGUUCAAUAUGGAGAUGCAAGCGAUGAACGGAGUGCUGCCUCGGCUUGAACACUUGUUGGAGGCCACCGGUGCAGAGCCGUAUUGUACAGCGCCCAUUGUAUCUAACGAGGCCUGGGCGGAGUUUGUUAACGGCCUCGAAGUAUAUAAGGGUAGUGCUCGGAUGGAUAUCUGUGAGUAUGAUGAGGACGUCGGUGAUACUGUUAGUAUAUUUGGAUUCCUCAAGGAGAGUGGCUAG